AUGGGCUUCAAAGAGUUCCUGAACAAAUUGUUCUUCUCUCUUCUUCAGUGGUCGGUCCUUAUCGUGACCACCAUUGCUGUGUGUCUUCUUUUCUCGACUUUCGUGUAUUACUCGGUAGUUCAACCGAUUAGCAAGUCUGACCUUGAAACGAUUUCUGCAGAAGUGAUUCAAAAUGGAACAAAAUAUGUCAUUGACGCAAUCAAUGAGUAUGCCAAAGUCCAAGAAGUUAAAAUUCCGUCCCAAUUUCUUCUCCCCAAUUUACCACCCGUCAAAUACCAAGGACAGAGAUCAAUGUGCUGGGCCUUUUCGACAAUUUUCCAGUUAGAGUAUGCUUACAACAAGAAGCUUGCCAAUCAAUAUAUUUCGUUGAACGAACAGGCGUACGCAAUUGACGCUCUUGAUGCUAUUAAGACUGACAAUUAUAAGGGAUGUCCUAUGAAAGCGUACAGCUAUACGACUAACACUGGAUACCCACAAUUCUUGUGGAGGUACUCUUCACUUUCCAAUAAAGUCAUUCCACAUUCAGUUUGUGAUUACCAAACAUCAGUCGAUGGACAGUUCCUUUGCACUGGAAAAGACGCCGCCGAAGCUAAAAACGCGUUGUUGUUUAAUGUGACAAAAAUCGCGACUUAUCGCACGCUUUCCGAAAUCAAACGGGCGUCAAUGAAUAAUCCCGUCUCUCUUAUGGUUGUAUUGAAUGAGGGUAUGCACGUCGUUCCAGUGAGCUCUGAACAGAACAUAUUAGGGAAGUUGGAUAAAGUAGUCAUCAAGCAAUGCCCAGAAAAUGAUGGACUUUGUGCGUACAUUCCAUCACAAAGAAUUACACCCGAUGGAGAGUACAUCUUACCAAAUCAAGGGUUGAACAGAUAUGGUUAUCACUUGGUCACUGUUGUUGGCUAUAAUGACAACUACUUGGCUAAAGACAACACAAAAGGCGCUUUCAUUGUGAGAGACACAACAGACGAAACGACUAUUUAUGGCACACACAGCGCUUUCUAUUUGAAGGGUGAACACAGUGAAUGGGACGAAAGAACUUUAUGCCCAAAUGUAUACAACCCAUUGUCUUGGGAUUCAUGCGUUGCUAUGAACCCAGGCCCUACAGGCGAUAAAAAGGUCUUAAAACAAGACUUGAGCAAGACUUGCUUGAACACCCAAUACAUUGAAACAAAUGUGAAGAACACAAGAAAACCUAUGGAAUUUGAAUGUAUCAAAGAUACAUUGUGCGACACAACAAAAAGAUACUUCGUCUCUUCAACUGCAAGAUCACAAUACUCGUCGUACUUGUAUACUAUUACUUUCUUACAAGUCGACAAAACUAACACGGACGACCAAAAGGAAGUCACUUUCACUGACUUCCCACUUGAAAGCUUCCCAUCAUUCAUUGUACCUAUUCAAGAACAUAUCGACUUGAUCAACCAACUCACCGACAAAACAUUCUGCGGAUAUAGAUCUAUCCCCUAUUCCGUCUUUGACAAAAUGAAUAUGAUCAAGACACCAGACUCAUCGUAUGGCGUCCAAUUUGACAUUGACUGGAAAGAACAAUCGUAUGAUGGUAAAGGCGAGUUUGAUUAUGAACAAAUCAAGAAAAGCACUGCUCAAUUCCCUGAAUAUAAGGGAUUCAUCGGACCAGAACCUUAUCAGGUGAGAUACGAAUAUUAA